UAUAAUAACAGUGCCAAACAGAAAUAUUUUGGUGAAGAUGCAUUUAAGUGUACUCAAUGUGGGCGUACAUAUCGUCGAAAGAAAAAUAUAUUUGGAUUGAAAAUAAUGGAAAGUUAUAUAACUGCCCAAACAAGAACUGUCACCGCAAUUAUAAGACUAAACCAGGUUUAUACAAUCAUUUGAAAUAUGAAUUUAAGCCAUUGUUAUUCAACCCAAAAUCUGGAAGAAUGAAUAAAUACCCUGGUCCAUCUUCAGAUGGCCUUUUUUAUUGUACAAAUAAAUGUGGUAAAAAGUAUAAAUCUAAACAGGCUAUCAGUGUACAUAUGCGUUAUGAGUGCGGUGUGAAACCCAAAUUUUACUGUCAAGAAUGUAAUAAAUAUUUUAAACAACCUGUCAGCUUCAAAGCACAUCAAAUGAAUGUUCACAAGUAUGUAGUUGAGUAUACACAAUUUAAGUGUUCUAUGUAAUAUCAUACUUAUAAUAAGUUUUAUUUUGCUAUUUUAUUAAUUAAUUCUUAUUUAGAACUUUCAAAAUGCAUAUGAGAAAUUCUACAAGUAAAAAAAAAAGUCUGAUAUAAAAUAUGUAUGAUGUUGUUAUUUUAAUUUUUUUUACUGUGGACAACCUCAGUUUUAAACUAACG